AUGCGUAACUCACGGUUCAUGCUAGCAGUACUCCUCAUCAUAGCCGUCUGCCUAGCUGCAUUUUCCGAAGCGGCCCGCAGAAGCGAGCAACCAUUCGAGCCGUCAGAUAUUGCAGUUGACAUUGUGGACACAUCGAUCGCUCAUCAACACGCUCACCAAGCCCAGCGAUUGCUCCAACUCCCUCCGCACUACUUUACUCGCGUUGAUCCGCCCGACUUCAACGUCUACCUCCGAACUCUGGUUCACCUCCAUUCUCCCGACGCUCGUUUCAUGCUCGACGCGUCUCAAUGCUCUCACUCUGGGCACUGUCUCCUCAUCUCUCCCUACCGCUUCAUAGAGCUAGAUGGAAAUGGAGAACAUAGGGAGGAAAAGAUGAUCAUGAUGUUGAGGGCCGAGAGAAACCAAGAGAUCGAGACGACCGGAUUGCUUCAUCUACCCCGUCCUGAUCAUUUGCACGCCUGGACUCACAUUCAACAGAUGGCAACGGAAAGCAGAGACAGUUUGGAAUCACGGUAUCCGGCAGGACUUUUCAACUUCCCCGAGGUGCCAGAAAUCUAG